CACAGUUCGCGUUCACCGCAACUCUUCGCUUGUGUCACGCGAAGUCCAAAGUACGAGGCGCGCCUGCUACAACCAGUGGCCGCUUCUGUGUGAUCGUCGUUCUGUGAUCAUAACGCGAUCCGCGUUCGUGUCGGAAACAUGCUGCUAACGAGAGCACGAGUGCUGUUCGAUUUCGUGUGCGCUCUGGCGCACAUCAUUUCUGGUCUGCUGGUGUUUGUGGUGCGUCACAAGCUGAUACGUCUGUGGCCACCGGCCGUGCGACCGGUGGUGACAGUGAAGCAGGGUAAGUUGCGGGGCGUCACCUCGACGCUCCCGAACGGGGCGCAGUACCACUACUUCAAGGGCAUUCCGUACGCGGAACCACCGGUCGGCCGGCUACGCUUUCGGCCGCCGGUGCCUUUGGAACGAUUCCGGAAGCCGAUCGUCGACUGCUACGCCGAACGGGCCGAUGCGGUGCAGAAAGACUUCUUCUCCGACCGUGUCAGUGGCUCCGAGUCUUGCCUUUACCUCAACGUGUACAGCCCCCGGUUGCCGGGGGAAGCUGAUGCCACCAAGGGAGUGCCCCGGGCGCCGGUGAUGGUGUACAUUCACGGUGGCGGCUUCAUGAACGGAUCCGGCAGCAGUGUGUUCUACAAUGCAGACUUUUUCGUCGAGCAAAACGUGCUGGUGGUGACGAUCAACUACCGGCUCGGACCGAUCGGGUUCCUGUGUCUGCCCGGAGCCGGUAUUCCCGGUAAUGCGGGCCUCAAGGAUCAGUUGCUGGCGCUUCGCUGGGUGCACGAAAACAUAGCCCAGUUCGGUGGCGAUCCGGACAAUGUGACUCUGUUUGGGGAAAGUGCCGGCAGCAUGUCUUCGUAUCUGCACUACCUAUCGCCCAACUCACGCAAAUAUUUCCAUCGAGUGAUCUGCCAGAGUGGUGUCGCCUGUUCCGACUCGUUCUUCCAGGUGGAACCGCUGGAGAAGGCACGCAAACUGGCCCGCUUCUUCGGCUACACCGGUGACAGUGACGAGGGCUCUCUAGAGACACUCGAGAAGGUACCGGCCAAGCUACUGGCGAAACACCAGAAUGAAGUGAUCAGCGACGCCGAGAAGCAGCUCGCACUCAUCUUCAUCUUCCGGCCGGUGGUCGAAGAGCAUGAGACGGACGACAGCAUCAUCACGCAGCAUCCGCAGCAGAUUCUGAAGUCAUACGACAGCCUCCGGAUGCCACUGCUCGAGGGCUGCAACAGUGGCGAAGGGAUACUGGCGCUACGGACACUCCGCUCUCGGUGGCCAUCGUUCCUCACCUCCCCGGAGCGCUUGGUACCGGUGCUGUUGGCCAGUAACGCGCAAAACCUUGACCGAACGCAGGUCGGCAAGGAGAUCAAACGGUUCUACUUUGGCGACGAUCCCGUGAAGCCGGAUCGAGUAAUCGAUCGCAUGUGCGAUCUGCUGUCGGACAAUACGUUCAUCACCAACUCGGUCACCAGCGCCGAAUGGUUGGCCAAAUACCAGCCGAAUGUCCAGCACUUCCACUAUCGCUUCACGUUCGACGGGCGGUUCAGUUUGUUGAAGAGAAUGUUUCAACACUCUCACGUAACCGGCGCUUGCCACGGGGAUGAUAUAAUGUACAUGUUCAACUCAAGCUUCCUGCCAACACUUCCACCCGACAGUGACGAGCAUCGGAUGCGCCGGAUAAUGAUCGCCCUUUGGACGAGUUUCGCCAAGCACGGGGAUCCGUCGGUGGCCGCAUCCGUCGAGUUGGUGCCAGAAAAGUGGCUGCCGGUGAAAAAGAUCGCCCGUGACGCCACCGAUUUCGAGCUGGACUGUUUCGAGCUCAGCAUGGCGCCACGCAUGGUGCGCAAUCCGGGCGACGGUCGGAUACAGCUGUGGCGUCGAUUGCUCCGGCAGUACCGUCCCGAUUUCUUGUGAUCCGCGUUUUGGCGACCUUAAUGCCUACAUGCCGACGCAACCAAAAACCGGAGACACUCGGUGUUAAUGUGUUAAUUUGGACGGGCAAAGUUGACGAGCGGAUCCGGUCCGCAGCGGCACCUCGGUGUGAAUGAUUUUAUGAGCCAAAUAAACGUCAUCUUUGAGGUA